AUGGCAACUCUCCGCUUGGCUUCAAGACACCUCGUCCCUCUCCGACACCGCGCCCUCUCCACCUCCGCCCCUUCCCAGUCCAACCGCUUCAGGUCCGGCGCCUUCGCCGCCGUUGUCGCCGUAUCCACCGGCCUCUUCGCUGUCUACUACUUCGACUCGCGCUCGGCCCUCCAUCGCUAUGUCCUGACUCCCGCGCUGCGCUACGCCCUGGAUGCGGAGACGGGCCACCGGCUAGCUGUGCGUGUUCUCGGAACUGGCCUCGGUCCGAGAGACCAAGGCUCAGACGACGAGCGGUUGAGGGCAGAGCUAUGGGGGAUGGAACUGUCAAACCCCGUCGGCAUCGCUGCGGGAUUCGACAAGGACGGUGAAGCAAUCGAUGGCCUAUUCGGUCUCGGCUUCAGCUGGGUGGAAGUCGGCAGCAUCACUCCAAAACCACAGCCAGGAAAUCCUCGUCCACGCGUGUUCCACCUCCCCGAGGACUCGGCCCUCAUAAACCGCUACGGCUUUCCCUCUCAAGGGCACGCGUCGGUCCUCGCGCGCCUCCGCGCGCGCAUCCCUGCCUUCUCUUCCUCUAAUCCGGAGGAAUCACCAGCGUCUCUGCACCCAGACAAAAUGCUCGCCGUCAAUCUCGGCAAGAACAAAGCCUCCGCGGUCGAUUCGCCAGACGACUUUGUCGCAGGCGUGCACACAUUCGCCCCCUAUGCCGACGUACUGGUCGUCAACGUCUCCAGUCCAAACACGCCCGGGCUCCGAGGAUUGCAGCAGCGUGGCCUCCUGGAAGGCUUGCUCAAGAACGUCACGCAGGCUCGCGACGAAGCGUCCAAGAUGCGCGCGCGCAAACCCAAAAUCGUGCUCAAGAUCGCGCCAGACCUCAGCAGCUCCGAAAUAGAGGACGUCGCGGACACCAUACUCUUAACAGGCGGCAUCGACGGAGUCAUCGUGAGCAACACCACCAUCCAACGCCCCGCGUCCCUCGUAAAUCCUGCAAAGGUCGAGGCCGGCGGCCUCUCCGGUGCCCCGCUGAAAGCAGCAUCUCUCACCGCCGUACGGACCCUCCGCGCGCGCCUACCAUCCUCCAUCCCUCUCAUCGGAUGCGGAGGCAUCGCCUCCGGCGCCGACGCCCUCGAGUUCGCGCGCGCGGGGGCCUCCUUCGUCCAAGUCUACACCUCCUUCGGGUACGACGGCGCUGGCGCGCCGCGCCGCAUCAAGGACGAGCUCGCCGCGCAGCUCAAGGCGGAGGGCACCACCUGGUCCGCGGUCGUGCAAACGGCCGUGGACGGGCUGAGUUUGAAGGAGGAGCAGGGCGGAAGCGGGGUCGGGUUGUUGAUCAGGCAGGCUGAGGAGCUGAAGGGGUUGUUGGAUAGUCUUGGAGAGAAGAUGGCACGUGAGGAGGUGGAGAGUAGUGUCGAGCCGAGUGCGGCGGUUUCGGCUCCGUCCGCGAACCCAUGAAAUAGACAGAUGUCUUCGAGAUGGGAUCUCA